UAGAGUUCGGAUCUAAACUUGCAGCCUCUUCGAAGAGGAGUUGUUUUUAGCACAUUGUAGCAGAAUGUAACGUGUUUCUGUGACGUAUUUUCUCUCAGACACUCCAGUGACAGUAGGGCUCCUUGUACAACGUAACAGUAUUCUUGAAGAUGGUUCGAAGGCAACUGGGCAGAUGCUGCCACCCCAAUGGGUUUGCACAACCCAACUUCUUCAACCUCAGCUUCCUCACCUUCGAUACGUCGCAGAAUGGCCCCACGAAUCUCCAGUGAAAAUUCCAAGAUGGACCGCAGCACUGGAAACAGUAGCGAUAUAGGCACUGGAUCAAGGUUGUCGGACCUUGAGAGCCAAGAAUGGCUUCCAGACGAGCAUGUUACCCUGGAGUAUAAAGAACCCCUUCUAGGUGAUGAGGCUGAGCUGAAAGCGAAGCCAAGGGAUGGUCUUCAUCGGGACUUGGUGUCAAAGGCCGCUGAACCUCUGUGGUCCAUAGGGAUUCAAGUGUUUGUGCCGUUCCUAAUUGCAGGCUUUGGGACUGUAGGUGCUGGACUUGUGCUCGAUAUCAUUCAGCAUUGGAUUGUCUUCCAAAAGGUUUCAGAGCUUUUUAUACUGGUGCCAGCAUUAUUAGGAUUGAAAGGAAAUCUUGAAAUGACAUUAGCUUCUCGGCUGUCUACACAGGCCAACCUCGGAAAUAUGGAUACGUCAUUAGCACAGUGGAAAAUGGCAACAGGAAACCUUGCGCUUCUCCAGUGUCAAGCGACCGUGGUAGGUUUUCUGGCGUCCCUGUUUGCCAUGGUCAUGGGUUGGAUUCCAGAUGGGGAGUUCAGUUGGAAACAUGCACUGCUACUGUGCUCAAGCAGCCUUGUCACGGCGAGCGUGGCCAGCCUGGUCCUGGGUACAGUGAUGAUUGGCGUCGUAAUAAUGUCACGCAAGUGCCACAUUAACCCGGACAACGUUGCCACCCCCAUAGCCGCAUCACUGGGGGAUCUGACAACACUUGCACUUUUAGCAGUUGUAUCCAGCUUUCUUUACACAAAACUUGAAACAGAUAUAUGGUUUGUGGCAGCCAUUCUCAUUGGGUUUCUAAUGCUACUUCCUCUAUGGGGCAUAGUGGCUUGCGGCAAUCCACACACUAGAGAGGUUCUUCACACUGGGUGGUGUCCCGUUAUUUCUGCCAUGAUGAUAUCAAGUGUUGGAGGGUGUAUACUGGAUUUUACAGUAUCAAAGUUUCAUGGUGUGGCAGUGUUUCAACCAGUAAUCAACGGUGUAGGAGGGAACCUAGUGGCGGUACAAGCAAGCCGAAUCUCGACAUUCCUUCAUCAAAAGUCAGAAUUGGGGUCUUUGCCCGUGUUGGAUUCAAGGGUCUGUGUCAGCCCAUUGUCCGCCUUCUUUGGCAAAAGCAUUCACUCGAGGACGGCAAGGGUGCUGCUCCUCAUGGUUCUUCCAGGCCAUCUAGUUUUUACUUACGGCAUUCGUCUGCUGAAGGCAGGCCAUACAUCUGUUACACCCAUGUUCCUAUCUGUCUAUCUACCAGCUGGUGUCAUACAGGUGUUCCUCCUUCUGUACAUUGCUCAUGUGAUGGUGCAUUGGAUGUGGACUCAGGGCAUGGAUCCUGACAACUCUGCCAUUCCGUACCUCACAGCCCUCGGAGAUCUGAUUGGCACUGCCCUUUUGGCCUUGUCUUUCCUCCUGCUGAGUGUACUCGGUGAUGGUGAUUCUGAUGUUGGAGAUUGACAGUAUGCCUUUGCUCCAAAGUUUGUUGUACAUUGCUUUUCGAACAUUACCACCCUCCUGCCUUUCACCGUGUCCCGAGGCUGUAUAUACUGUGAUGCAUCAAUGCUGCCCAAAGAACUGCGAUCUCACGACUGCUAUGCGACGUUUCUUCGUAGCCUUGUGCAACGGUGAUAACAUUCGACUGAGAAGGAUAGGACAAGCAAAAAUGCACGGGAGUACUCUGUAUGCAAGAAUUGUUAUGACUAAGUAUCCCUGGUUUUCUGCUGCGGCAAAUUCAAAAUUCUGCGGCACAGUCUUGUAAAUUGGCUGCUGGAAAUGGGAAACACUUUAUUUCCUUGGAUAAUGUGGGAACAAAAAAAUAUUUUACUACGUUAUAGAUUCGAAGCACUGUUGCGGCUCAGCAUUACAUACAUGAUAUCUUGUUGAAAGAAGGAAGUCACUGAAAAGGAUAGCCAGCUGUAGGACUCGAACCCACAUCUUCUGGAUUGCCGGUCCAGGGCUCUACCAAUUGAGCUAAGCUAACACGCCUUCUCAGCGGCUUCCAGGGUGCGACUUCCUUCUAUGUUGUUUCAGCCUCAGAACAUCAGUUGUUUCAUGUUCAACAGUUGCCGCCUGCGUCGAUCCCGUCGUAUGAAUGUGUGUAUGAGUGAGAGAGAAUGGCCGGUUUGUCCCUUCAGAUGACGCACCCUGGAAGCCGCUGAGAAGGAGUGUUAGCUUAGCUCAAUUGGUAGAGCCCUGGACCGGCAAUCCAGAAGAUGUGGGUUCGAGUCCUACAGCUGGCUAACCUUUUCAGUGACUUCCUUCUUUCAUCCUUCAUAUUUGUCCCUUCUAUGUUGUUUCAGCUUCAGAACAUCAGUUCUUUCAUGAUAUCUUGUGUUCUCCUCUGACAAAGAAUGCCAUCUAUAGCCUGCUGUCAUUUCAUACUUGCUGAAACAUCUUCCGGCAUGUACAGAGGUUUUAGGAAGGUUAUAGGAAGGAGCUUACAAUACAUGCCCUGUGGAAGUUAUAUCUUUAGGAGACCAUUUUGUUUCUGGUCUGUAGGCAUUAUUUAAGAGUCUUUAAAGGCAAACUCCCAAACAUCAAAUCAAAAUGCCCCACUACCACCGCCAAACUGCGCACGGGAGGGACGCCGCCUCUUCCUCAGGCGGAGUAUGCACAGUAAACCUGGGCUAACGUUACCUUAAGCUAAACUACAAUCUGUCUGUGCUGGUCCUGCGGCAUGGGCAAAUUUGUAAACCAUGCUUCACCUCAUGCAGGGAAGCGUCAGGUGAAGCCCACCUUCGGGAGGAAUCGUUCAUAUUCCACGAAUAGUUGGAUAUUCGGAAAUCCGAAUAUUGGGUUUUCGAUUCGUAAAUGAAAUACCGAGUGAUUGAUAUUUGACUCCAAUUCGAGAACUGAUAUACCUGCACACCCCUAAAAAUUUGGGAUUUCAUGAAAUUCCGUGCCAAACGAAGAAUUCCGCGAUGAAUUCCGGAUUCCGCGGAAUCGCGGAAAACGCGGGGCCUUAGUCAUAACACAAGCAAAUUGCAUCACAUCAUCCUAUCUAAACAGAAUGCUUUCAACGGGGCAGCCCUGCACAGGAUCAUGAUAUGCUACGAUAGGGGCAACCACUCGAUGAGAUGUUGCCCAGGGCUAUAAAAUCUAUACCAGCUGGCUUGCACGCUUCUGCUCUGUUCAUCGUACAAUAUUCUGGUACAUAUUCGCGGUACAUGGUUCUCUGUGUGUACAAGAAACAGCCUUGUUCAGAGUUCAAGACUUGUCAUCUUGGGAUAGGUUGAAACCUCAGAAAGUGACUUUCUCACCGACAAUGUUCAUUGCUGUACGGAAGCCACUCCCCUGCAUUUUGAUAAGUGGAGUGGUGGUGGCCUAUUUUGCAGGUAUGUGCUGGCGUGUUUGUGUAUCCAACAGUGGAUAUAAGUACACAUAUACCAAAGUAUAUUUUGUUAUAUUUCGGCGACUAAAUGAUAGUGCGCUGUAGAGCUCUAGCUCAUCCUUGUCAUCACCAAAUGUACUUAAAUACUGGUAUUUCUCAAGGAUGUUGUGUUGACAAUCUCAAUUAAAAGCCAGCGCAUUUGAACACACCUGAGACAUCUUCUCCAACCUUCUGUUGCUCCCUGACGUUAGAGUGUAUGUCGUCAAUAGAAAAUGCGACAUAACCCUGAUGCAUAUGCUUGCAGGUUGAUUGGGAUCUCGCAAGCCCCAAAAAAUACAAUGAGGAUGCUUGCCCAGGCUUUUUUUUAACCGUUACAGUCGUGAUUGUUGCUUUUGUGGCAUUCAUUAUUUGCAUUCAUCAAAUAAAAACACGUAAUGAGCAUAUCA